AUGAGCUCUACAUUUCUACUCGAUGACACUAUUCAACUUCAGCUCUCUCGUGCUGAGUAUUUUGAAUUGACUAUCAUGAUAAUCGUUGCUGAGCAACGAUUCCAUAACCAACGAGUGAGCAGAACCGAUCAUCAGGCAAAGACGAGAGACCUUGGUUUAAAAAAGACUAAGGAUGUAGUGAGGAUUGAUCAGCACGCGAGUGAAAAGGUUGGCUAA